CUAGGAUACUCAAAGUGCGAAGUGACUGGAUGGGAGCCAAGGCGGAAAAGUGGGGAAUGGGAGGUAUGAAGAGCUUGAAACAGAUUCUUUUAUUUUGAGUUUGUGCACAGCUACGCUUUUUAUUUUCAGCUGGUCUCCUCCCACGCCACCAUGUUUUACCUGGAGUUGUAACACAUGAGGUUUAUCUUGAGGUAAAGUGGCCUUGUGAAUAGAAAUGGCUGCCUAGAUGUCAGCAUUGGAGAUCAUGGCUGAAGAUCGAUCAGUUGAAGAUGUUCUCGAUAAGUUUGUUAGUUGUCACGAGCAAACCUAUGAAGAAUUCCUGAGCACUUUCACUCAUCUUUCAAAAGAGGAUAAUGUGAUCCAGAGAAGAGUCACUGGAUCUGACUAUUCAGAAAGCUUAUUUACAACAAGAAAAUCAGCUCAUGAUAAUGAAUCAGAGGACCACCAUCUGAGAAAUAAAACCAUUUUUCUGCAUACUUCAUCACAAUGUUCAGAAGAGGAACAGAUAGUCCUGGACGAAAGUCAGAAAGUUGGCGGUUCCUUACAUGGUGAUACGAAUCAGACAGGAAAGAGAAUGGUUGACAAUUUCCUAGGUUUAGAAGACUUGGAUGUGGAUGAAGAGAUUAAGCCCCAGAUGAGCCAGGCAGAUUUGCUGCUGCUGCUUCCAGGAGAAGUAGAACAGGACUUCUGCGCCAGCGUUCCCUCCUUCAUCCCUUCCGUGAACCGGCCGCUUGCCCCUGAAGUAAAGCCAGGACCCCCUAUGAGAGGAGCCCCCGUACAAAUGGAAGAGAUACUCGGAGAUGAAGUUCAGCCCUUCUCACUCGAUGAGGAAUUUGAUUACGACAGUGUGGUACUAACCCCCAAGUUCACCCCGGCAGAGAUGCGAGCCAUCCAAGAGCAGAAGAGAAAGGAUGCCAGCACGGACGUCGAGGCGCCCCAGGACCCACUCACUGAGACAUCUUAGUGCCACUUUCCUUUUGUUAAUUUAUUAGAAUUCAAAUUAAGUCUUUCACAAUCCCCUUCCUAGGAAUGUAUGUGUGAACAGAUUUAUCAGAGUUAUUUGUUGGAAGGAGAUGUGAAUAACGAGACCAAGGAUAUCUCCCGCCCCUCUGGAUUCUCUUCUGUUAAUGUUGCUGCAUCCUCUGGCUGAUAGAGGGUGAUAAAAAUGGGGACAGGAAGCAACAUUUACUAAAGUGCCUUUUUUUUGUUUUAACGAGUUCAUAUAUAAGGCUUUUAAUGUUUUCACGGAGACAGUGUUAACUACCCCGCACUCACCACUCAAGUACUAAUUUAUCUUUCCACUGCAGUCCAUUGAACGCCUUCAUCAUUUUAGCCCACUCCCCUCCCCCUCCACUUUGAUGAACUAAAGGUUUGCUUCGGUUUGUUUCUUUCUAUACCACAGAUUACAUACGAGUGAGAUCAUCUGGCAUUCGUCUUUCUGUUUCUCCACGUGUUUUGUAUAGGCUUUGCUUUGCUUUUGGGUGCCAUACUUUUUUUUAGGGGGGAAAGAGGUACCAGGGAUCAAACCAGGAUCUCAUGCAUGUGAGGUAACCGCUCUUCCGUUGAGCCUCUUCCCUGACACAGUUCACAUUUUUGUUGAGAACACUCUAACGAGGUAAUGUGUGGUGUGUGACGAAGAUUAGGAAAUCAUCCCACCUUCUUGAUUACACACAGAACACAUCGUCACGCACAGAGAAAAACUGAUUAGGUGGUAGAUCUCUGGUCUUAGCCAUCCAGAGGUAGUGGGACGACUGUGAAUACUGAGCUGGGCUUCUAGAAUUGAUUGGGAAGACUUUGAACGAAAGAGAAGUCACCUGAAAAUUGAUUAUAUGUCAUAUAUUAAAAUCUUGCGCUUUGUUAUUAA